AUGGUCAACAAACGACGUCAAGCAGAUCGUGAUAGUGAAUCGGAGGUCGAGGAACUUGGGGGCGGUGCCUCGUCUUCACCAUCCCACCAGAAGCGUGCUCGCCGGGAAGCUGAAGACUCAGAUGAAGAGCGGGAGCGCCAGAAACGCGAGGAUGCCGAAUUUGAGGCGCGCUGGGAAGAAAGAAUACGCGCUGAGCUUAACAAGCAAGCGAAGAAGAAAGGAGGCAUCGCAGAGAUUGGGAUCAUACAGCAAAUAGACUUAUAUAACUUCUUGUGUCACAAGAACUUAACGGUCAAGUUUGGUUCUCAGAUAAACUUUGUGAUUGGUCACAACGGCAGUGGAAAAAGCGCGGUUUUGACCGCCAUAGCUGUGGCACUCGGUGGAAAAGCUGCCAUGACCGGUCGCGGCAAUGGGCUGAAGUCAUUAAUCAAAGAAGGGGAGAAUGCGGCCGAGGUUUCUAUUCGAAUUAAGAAUGAAGGACCAGAGGCCUACAAACCUGACAUUUAUGGGAAGAGCAUCGUCAUUACUCGUCACUUUACCGCGUCUGGGACAUCCGGGUACAAGAUCAAGUCUACACUAGAGGGACGCAAGGGGAAUGAGAAAGUCAUCUCAACGACGAAAGAUGAGUUAAAUGCCAUAACGGAUCAUAUGGGCAUCCAGGUAGACAAUCCGUUGAACAUCUUAACGCAAGAUCUUUCGCGACAGUUUAUUGCUUCAUCAAGUCCGGCGGAGAAAUACCAGUUUUUCCUGAAAGGGACACAACUUCAACAACUUUCUGAGGAAUACAACACUAUCCUUGAGAACAUCGACAGGACAACUUCUGUUCUCGGAGCGAAACAAGAGGCCAUCCCUGACUUGAGGGUCCAGUUCAAAGAAGCUCAAACCCGUUGGACCCAGGCGACAGAAAUGCGGAAUAAUGAGAACAGGCUUCAAGAGUUACUUAAGGAGUUGGCGUGGGCCUACGUCGCGGCUAAGGAAAAGGAGUUCGCCAAGUCCAGCGAGACAUUGGGGGACGAACGUCGCCAAUUGGAAAAACUGGAAUCCAAAGCCUUGGAGCAAGAGGCCAUUCACAAGCGUGUUGAGAGGGAAAUUGAAGAGGCCGAAGCCGAGCUCCGUUCUGCCUCUGAGUCACAGACAGACCGGCUGGAUGCACUCAAGAGCGAAAAGGAAGGGCAUAAGUCGGAGGAGAAAGCUUUGAAUGACCAGUUAGAAGAAAUCAAGUCCCAGCGUCUAAGUCUUCAGGAAGAGGCUAGGAAAACAAAAGCAGAAAUUGAUCUGUACAAGCGCAAGAUUGCUGAUGAACAGAAGAAACUCGACGACAUCAAAUCAGGUAAACGUCUUGAGCUCGAGAAGCGUAUGAGGACGCUCCAGGAAUCCAUCGAAAAAAGCAACAAUGAAAUACAAGAAUACGAUGACGAACUGCAAACGUUAGGGAUACGCACCACCGAAAUUGAAACAGAAAUAAACCGUAAAUCCCAGGAGAAAGCCAAUGCCAUUCGGGAACAGCAGAUGGCCCAGGAGCACAAACGGGUGUAUGAGGGUCAACUUCGUGACAAGUUCAACGCAUUUGGUUCUAAUAUACCACAGGUCUACGCGCGGAUUAAGAAAGAGACGUGGGAAGGGGCUGCUCCCCUUGGCCCCAUUGGUGCCUAUGUGCAUGUGGUCGAUCGGAAGUAUACCGACCUAGUGAGACUCACUGUUGGCAACAUGAUGUCGUCAUGGAUAGUCACAACUCCAGCGGACCAACGUAAAUUGAGAACAAUACUUGAUUCGUAUGGAAACCAGCAAUCUAAUACAAUUGUUUCCGGAGUGGAACUUUUUGAUUACUCUGAAGGCGAGCCUCCAGCCCAGAUUCCUACAGUCCUUCGAGUUUUGAAGUUUUCAAAUGAGCUAGUCAAAUGUGUUAUGAUCAAUGUGGCCAAAAUUGAACAAAUGUCCUUCGCGGACACUCGCGCAGCCGCGGAUUCUACACUCGUAGAACUUGCUGCUCAGGAUAUUUAUGGUUUUAAAUUUUAUACCUUGGAUGGAUUCCAAGUCCAACGUUAUCGUGAUAAAGGAGGAUCUUCCAUUAACCUGGGGAGAUUGGGGGAAGUGAAUUUGGGUCUUUUCGCCGGGUCUGAGGGGGAUGUCCGUCAAAAACUCCAGGAGGCGGCCCAGAAUGCUACGCAGCUCACGGCUACUGUGGAAAGCCUGAGCGCAGACAUCCUGCGAAUUAAGGAGGACGCCCGUUCCAACGAGAACCGGAAGCAUGCAAUCCACACUUCGCAACGACAGUUGCGCAACGAUAUCGCUCGCAAGGAAGAAGACUUGCGUAACUGCAAGUCCGAACUUUCCACAGGCCAGCCAGCUGAGAUUGAUAUUUACGAACAGCAACGAGAGCUCCAAGAACGCGAACGAGAGCGCUUUUUAGCUGAUAUCGCUGAGGUUGCACAGAAAGAGAUGGAUGUGCAAGCACAAAGGAAAGCAGUUCAAGAGAAUAUUGCAGGUGUGGAGCAAAGGGUUUUCGAACUUCGCAACGCUACCAAACAUCUCUCUGAUAAAAUUCAAGACUUGGUUCCUCAGAGGGUUGAGGCUGGAUCGAAGCUUAAGCAUUGGCAGGACAAGAUUACUGCUACCAAAGGUAAACUUGUGAAACUGGAAGCGGAUACGGCUACACUCCAGGAAGAAUUCACGGAUUGGUCUCAAAAAGCCGAGGGGCGUUACGGAGAGAAGAUCGAACGGCCUCGCUCGGUCGAGGCUCUGGAGAAGAUUCGCGACCAGCUUCGUGCUUCAAUCAAAAACCAUGUUAAGACAUUGGGUGCUACGAUUGAGGAACUUGAUGCGGAGGUCAUCAGGACCAAGGAAGUCUACACUCGAGCAAAGAAAGAGUUUGAAGAACUGCAGCAACUGAAUGCCUGCCUCAAAAAAUCCCUUUCAAUCCGUAUGGAGCAAUGGGCUAACUUCCGAAGACACAUUGCUAUACGCUGCAAGAUGCAGUUCUCAUAUCAUCUCGCUAAUCGAGGCUAUUACGGAAAAGUCAUUAUGGAGCACAAUACUGAUCAUCAUGGUGGCACGCUGAACUUGAAGGUUCAAACAGACGAUCAAGCCGGUACAGGAGGGUCCAAGGACAAAGACCCCAAAUCCUUGAGUGGAGGUGAAAAGUCAUUUGCAACGAUUUGCCUACUCCUUGCUCUUUGGGAGGCGAUUGGGUGUCCUAUUCGAUGCUUGGACGAGUUUGACGUGUUCAUGGACGCUAUCAACAGGAAAAUCAGUAUGAAGAUGAUUAUUGAAACUGCCAAACAGAGUGACAGUCGCCAAUUUAUUCUGAUCACACCCCUUGAUAUCUCCAACGUACCCAAAUCUGCUGAAAUCCGGAUUCAUCGUAUGCAUGAUCCGGAACGCGGUCAGACAAGUCUCGGCUUUAGUUGA